UUGGCUUAAAAUUUUUGGUGAUAUAAAUAAAAAAAAAAAAAUCCGUUGCAAUUUGACCAAAUCCAUUAAAAUGCUGGGUGCUAUAGUGUCCUUCUGUAAAUUUUUAUUGAAGAAACAUCCAAUGUAUCUAUUUUUAGCCAUUGUUUUAGCAGUAGUAGCAAUGUGGUGCUACCAUGAUGUCACAAAUACGGCUCCUAGAACAGGAUCAUUAAGUCUUUUGGAGUACCUAGAUUUUCUUUGUUUACCUUUUAGAAGGAAAAGGUUAAAAUCAGCCAAAAAUGAAUUGAAAAACAUUCGAGAAAAAAUGGAAGUUAUAUAUGAUAAAUUUGAUCAGCAGCAAUCAGUUUAUCAAAAAGGAGUUCGCAAAAGGAAGAGAAAACAAAGGGGGCCUAAGUACCAUGGACGUAAAGUGGAUCCGUUACAUCAGUUCCAAUUCUUAGAUACUGCCGCAAAGGAUAUCUACGAAAUGUCAAAAAAGAAGAAAAAAGAUUUAAAAUAUCGUGGGCGUGAUGAUGUAAAGCCGUCACCUCAAUUCCAAUGCUUUGAUGCCAAUUUUAUUGAUGUCUACGAAACAUCAAAAAAAAAGAAGGAAAGUGGGUUGAAAUAUCGAGGGCGUAGAGUGGAUCCGUUAUAUUAGUUAUAGUUCUUAUAUACCGUUACAACAGAUGUCUACAAAAUGUCAACAAAA